AUGCUCAAACUUUUUUGGAAAAGGAUGGACGAGGCGGCGGAGGGAGUAGGAGUGGGAGGGGGUGCCGGACAUGAGGGAGGAGGCGAGGGGGCGCCACGCGUCGUGGUUGAGUACAGCUACGAGGAGGAGGAGGAGAUCGAGGAGGAUGCAUCGAGGCAAGCUCAGCACGGGGUGAGCGGCCCGGGCGGCAAUGCGGACGAGCAGGAGGGCUCGAGCUCGGAAUCGAGCUCCGGCUCGAGCUCGAACGAUGAGUCGAUCGAGCACGACGGCGAGGGUUUAGGGUUACAUCCAGGUUGGACGGAGCGUACGGAGAAGCACGGAGUGGCGCUCGGGGAGCGGGUGGACGAGCAACAGGCGAUGGGGGACGAUUGGGAUGUCGAAGAGCAGGAGGGCGGAGCGGCUGGGCAGGAUUUUGGGACAGGAGUGCAGCAGCAGGAGGGCGGGGCGGCUGCGCAGGAGGGUGGGGUCGGAGGGCAGCAGCAGGAGGGCGUGUGCGGCGAUGCCGUAAACGGUGUCACGGAGGAGAGGAAGCUGUUGGAAGGGGCACGCUCGAAGCUCGACGAGAUGAGUGGGAAAAUCAUCGAGGGGGUGGCAGUCGUUAUCACAAAAGCGAGCGAGGACGCCGUCGAGAAGCAGCUCAAGCUUGUCGAGGAGCGGUUGGUUGCUUCGGUCGUGAAGGGUAUUGAGAAAGCCGUCAAGGAGGACUUGUUCUACUCCACCCUCCCGCCCGAGAGCAUGAAGGAGCUGAAGGACAUUGGCCUCGGAAAAAAGGGUGGGAAAGGAGUGGUUGUGGGGGAGAAAAGUGGUGCCCCAAAUGGCCAGGUCGCCUCAGCCGGGAAAGGAGCCAUGGAAAAGCGAGGUGCCCCUACCCCAUCCGGCGGCGCUGCGGGGAAAGGAGUGGGGGAGAAAUGGGGUGAUCCCAGCCAGGUCGCCGUCGCUGCUGGGUUACUGUCAAAGACAAAGGCCGACUCCGCUGCGCAGCUCGGCAUUGCUGGCCGUCCUGUCGAGCCUGUGGGAAAGAGGCCGUCGUCUGUUUUAGACGACGUCUCCCUUAGCCAACCGGAUUCCCCUCCUCCUGGUCCGAGGCCAAGGUCCCCUUCUGCCUCGAAGAAAAGGCAGGCUGUGACGAAGUCGACGAAGCGGGCUGCAGAGGCAACAGAGAGCAGUGACGUCGAGAAGGCGUCUACCGUCGUUGCUGCUCGACACGAAAAGUCAAAGAAGCCCAAGGUGAUCGGCUACGCCCCACCUCCUCCGCCGGACGACCAAGGCAAGAUGAGAGGCUGCAAAGCUCCCUUCAAAGGACCGGGCAUGAUGUCGCGCAAGGGGAAGCCGGUUUCCGAGCAGACCGUAGGCUCGAGGAAGUGGUUCCUGGGCACUUUUGAAACGGAGGCGGACCAGAAGUUUUGUACGGCCAUCUGCUGGCGUGUAUACUUCCCCGACAUAGACCUCAAGGAGUACGAGGGGUUCACGGCGCAGGAUGAGAAGGACUGGAAGGUCUAUCUCGAUGCAGCAGCGCGUAUGCCCACCGGCGUUUGGAGCAUGGCGCAAGAACAAGGGGAAUGUCGUUUGGACGAGUGA